ACUGUGCCCGGCGCGCAAUAAGCCAUCUUUAACCUGAACUGAGGCACAUGUCCUGAGCCUGGGAAACACUGACGGCUGCAGAGAUCCGGCGAGAGGAUCGGUUCAGACACAGAGAGCUGCCGUAGAUUGUCCAAAGGGGCAGCGUUUCUCCUAGUUCCGGUUUGUCUGCCUGUGCGCGCUGUGCGAGCUGGGACCCCAAACAAAAGGCUGCCAUCAUCCUAAAGGACAUAUUCUGCUGCGAGAGAGCGCGGGUGCUUGAUGCAAACCAAACAUGAGCUCUUAUUUUGUUAACCCUCUUUUUUCCAAAUACAAAGGCGGCGAGUCACUGGAGCCAACUUACUAUGACUGCAGGUUUCCACAAAGCGUUGCCCGCAGCCACACGCUGGUUUACGGACCGGGAGCAGCCGCACCGGGCUUCCAGCACCCGUCCCAUCACGUGCAGGACUUUUUCCACCACGGAACCACGGGGAUCUCCAAUCCGGGAUACCAACAAAACCCCUGCGCUCUGGCUUGCCACGGAGACGCAACGAAAUUUUAUGGAUACGAAGCCCUUCCGAGGCAAACGCUUUAUGGUACCCAGCAAGACGCGAGCCUAGCGCAAUACCCAGACUGUAAAUCGUCGAGCAGCUCUAACCCCGGAGACGGACAAGGCCACUUAAAUCAAAACUCCUCUCCCAGUCUUAUGUUUCCUUGGAUGAGACCCCACGCCCCAGGAAGAAGGAAUGGGAGGCAAACCUACAGUCGCUACCAAACUCUUGAACUGGAGAAGGAGUUUCUCUUCAACCCUUACCUGACGCGCAAGAGGAGGAUCGAGGUGUCUCACGCCCUGAGCCUCACUGAGCGGCAGGUGAAGAUUUGGUUUCAGAACAGGAGGAUGAAGUGGAAAAAAGAGAACAACAAAGACAAGUUUCCGGGUCAAAGAGGAGAGGCCGAAGUGGAGGAAGAGGGCAACGAGGACGGUGAAGGAGAAGAGGCAGAAGAGAAAGAGGCGGAAGAGAAAGAAGAGAGCAAGGAGUGAUUUUAUGGUCCUUUUUAUGGUUAUAUGGCUGAAAAAGAGAAAAAAAGAGGUCCCAUAAACAGUCACAAGAAGGCAGAGUGCGUCAACUUUAUGACCACCCUUUCAUUUUGCCAAGAGGAAAGAGGAAUCCCAUCGAUAUUGCUGUCAUAAAUAGGCAAAUUUCUCCCCUUUUCACAGUCAUCAUGAUUUCCAUUUGGACUUCUAGAAGCUGCUCAGACUUGGAGCAAAUUUUCUUUAAUAAUAGAACUCUUGCCCUGUAAAAACAACAAAAGAGGGGGCAAAUCAAAAUGCAUGUUAGAUUAAAAAAAUGGCUUAGCUAUUUUUAAAAAAAAAAAAAAAAAACAAUAAUUGUAUCAAAAAGAUAAGUCAGACAGUGUUGUAAAUAGAUAACAGCCUACAUUUAAAAGAGUGUAGACGUCCUUUCAGCAGCUGUAGGCCCUAAUAAGUGUCCAAACCUUUUAUGCAGCAGUUACACCGACUCACAGCCUAGAAACAAGAUUUUAUUAAUAUGAUUGUUACUGUUUUACACGUUUUCAUGUGAAUGGCCUGAACAUAGCCAUUAGACAUGUUCUUAUUAUGAUUUUUUUGUUUAUUUGUUUGUUUAUUCUAGGAUUACCAGGGAAAUGCAAUCGUUUGAAAUCCUUUGAUGCUACCUAAAAAACAAAAAACAAACAAACAACAACAAAAAAAAAAAAACCUGGGGAAAUUGCAAUAGAGAUUUCUGAAUAUAGAGAUUUCAUAUGCGUUUAUUUGAAAGUGUGAUAUAUCAAUUAACCUUAUAUUGUUAAGUUAUGUAUAUGUAGCAUUUACCCUACAUACAAUAUACACUUAUGGGAAGAGUUGAAGUCUUGGAAAGGCGAUUAGCUCUAAAGCCAAGCAAACAGUUGUGAGAUUGUACCACGGCACUACCUAAACUCAGAGCGUCGCCUUUUACACAAUUUAGAUUCUUAUGUUGUGUGUCGCUCUGUUUUAAUUGCAAGCUGGUAUUCACCCCCCCCCCCCCCCCAACAACUAAAACUGCCUAUAACGCACAUUUACUGUGUAAUACCUGCGACAAUUACAACUAUUUUAAAGUAAGGGAUUUUUUUUUUCAUUUUAAUGUGCUGGUGAUAUAGCGUAGUUGUUUUUGCACUGAAUAUAAUCUUUAUGUACGUCUUGUUAUAUAUUGAUGUUAACAAUAUGCUCGUUUCCUGGUGUUUCUCCUGUGAAAGACGGAUUUGUGUGUCCCCGCUAUUGUUGAUGUAAAAUCAUGAAUAAACAAGAUGGUUCACGAUGA